CAGAGGCGCGGGUCUCCAGUGACUCUGGAGAAGCUUGGCAGAGAGUCAUAAAUACUCACAACUCCUGUCGUCUUCCUCGCCUUCUACAGCCGGCAGGGCAGUAAUACUGCUAGGACCAUUUAUUUCCUCCAUAUAUAUGUUUUCUGUUGAAACGUGUGGACAUUAAGGAGUCUGUCAGCGAGUCCUCCAUCAACUUCAGUUCGCAUGUUUCUUGCAGGACCCUCACUUCUGCUUUGCAAUGGAGGAUACUUCAUACCAUGGAUGGAGUUGAUGGAUGGAUUCUCUUACUUGUUUAAACAUCUUCAAGGGUUUUGAAAGCCAUAAGCACAAGAAGUCUUGUGACUAAUACCAUACAGCUUGUCUGUGCUGAAGGAAUUAACAGGGCCAUGUGGGUAAGAUGAUGUUUGGAAAGGCAGGACUGCAGCAUGUUGUGGACAGGAAAAACUUUGAAUGUGUGAAGCAGGAUCUGUAGCUUGUCUCUCAGAGUUGGACAGGAGCCAUGGGCAAAGAGCAGGACCUCCUGCUGGCUGUGAAGAACGGAGACAUUCUCUCAGCUCAUAAACUCCUCACCAAGAUCAAGGCCAACCGAAACAAGUUACUGGGCUCAACAAAGAAACUGAAUGUCAACUACCAGGACGCAGAUGGGUUCUCAGCACUGCAUCAUGCAGCUCUCACUGGCACCACUGACCUGCUGUCUCUUCUGCUGGAGGCCCAAGCUAUGGUGGACAUCAAGGACAGUAAUGGGAUGCGUCCACUGCAUUACGCUGCCUGGCAGGGGAAGGCCGACUCUGUGCUGAUGCUACUGAGAGCCGGAGCUUCUGUUAAUGGAGCGUCACAGGACGGCCAAAUCCCUCUCCACCUGGCAGCUCAGUAUGGACACUAUGAGGUGUCUGAGAUGCUAUUACAGCACCAGUCCAACCCCUGUAUGGUUAACAAGGCCAAGAAGACCCCUCUGGACCUGGCCUGUGAGUUUGGCAGGCUAAAGGUGGCACAGCUGCUGUUGAGCAGUAACAUGGUGGUGGCUCUGCUGGAGGGGAAUGGAAGAGACAACACACCCCUGCACCUUGCUGCUCGCAACGGCCAUAAGGACAUUAUCAGGCUGCUGCUAAAGGCUGGAAUCGACAUCAACAGAACCACCAAAGCCGGCACGUCUCUUCACGAGGCUGCACUCUACGGGAAAACAGAAGUAGUGAGGCUGUUGUUGGAUGCUGGAAUUGAUGUCAACAUCCGCAACACCUAUAACCAAACCGCACUGGACAUAGUGAACCAGUUCACCACCUCGCACGCCAGCAAAGACAUCAAACAACUUCUCAGAGAGGCAUCAGGAGCAUUGCAGGUGAGAGCCCUGAAGGACUACUGGAACCUCCAUGACCCAACAGCUCUGAACAUACGUGCUGGGGACCUCAUCAUGGUCUUAGAGCAGCACAUAGAUGGACGUUGGAAAGGGCAUAUCCAUGACAGCCAGAGAGGCACUGACCGUGUGGGCUACUUCCCCCCUUCCAUUGUGGAGGUCAUAAACCGACGGGGCACUCUCUCUCGUCAGGCCUCACUGCCCAGCCAAAGACAUCACACACUGGCCAGAGUCCCUUCCCCCCGCAGCCCUCAUCCUGCCCCCCACACAGAUGACUCUUACACCCUGUACGCAUCCACUCAUCCUGCCUUACCUCGACAAAAUGGCCUGGAUCAGCACCCAGGUUCACCUCCCGACAGCCCCAGUGCCCUGUGUAUACCAGCUAGCCCCAAAGAGCCAGAGGAUAUUUGGGUCCUCAGGACCUCUCAGACCGGAGACAGAAACAGUGUUGGAAGUGCCGGCAGUGUUGGAAGCAGUCGUAGUGCUGGCAGUGGUCAGAGCACUGAAGGCAACUUUACACACAAUGUACAGUACCACUCCAGCACAAUCACACAGGACAUCAACAAGAUGUCGCCCUCUGCUGGUGAAUCUGUUGAACAGCACAAGCUGACUCCUGACCUCAGCAAGCCAGAGCCUGCAGGAGCUCCAGGUCGUAGGCAGGCUCUGAGCAGCUCCAGGGCUGGAGAGCAUGGUUUAAGUCCAUAUGUUCACAUCCGUCCAGAGCAGCUACUAGAGGGCAGGGAUGCCGAGGCCAUUUACCAGUGGCUGAGUGAGUUUCAGCUGGAGCAGUACACAGCAAAUUUCCUCACAGCUGGUUACGAUGUGCCUACCAUUAGUAGAAUGACUCCAGAGGAUCUCACAGCCAUUGGUAUAACAAAGCCAGGCCAUCGCAAGAAAAUCUCCAUGGAGAUCAGCCACUUGCACAUCCCAGAGUGGCUACCAGAUUACAUUCCGUCCGACAUUGGUGAAUGGCUUGGAACUAUUGGGCUUUCUCAGUAUCAGAAGAGGCUGGCAGAGAAUGGCUACGACUCUGUUAGCAUUGUGCGAGACAUCACAUGGGAGGAUCUGCAGGAAAUCGGCAUCAACAAGCUGGGGCACCAGAAAAAGAUGAUGCUUGCAGUGAAGAGGCUGUGUGAUGUGCAGAAAGCACAAAAGAAUCAGGUUGAGGGGCAGGGGAUGCUACAAAGGACAGCCCCUCCAACCCUGGAGCUGGUGGCGAUCGAGCCACCCGAUAACGCCGAUGGCCCUUCCUCUCCUCUGUCACCCAAGAUGCUCACCUUCCAGGACAGCGAGCUAAGUGCUGAGCUCCAGAGCGCCAUGACCCAGAGUGGCUAUGCAGGCUGCCAAGUGGACCUAAGUGCUGCAGUGAGUGAGACAGCUGUGUCUGUCAGCCAAGAAAGCACACGUUCAUGGGGCUCUGGUCGGUCUCAGGAACGCCCCCUGGCAUCUGUCACCCCUCACAGCCGCUCGGAUGAGAAUCUGAGCCCAGGUAACAGCCCCUGCAAGGAUCGCUAUGCCAUUUCUGAAUGCCAAGUAAUACCUACAAAGAUGCUACCAGCACUGCCUCUACAGCAGCAGCAUCAUCCUCCACCUGCCAGCCCUUCAUCAACACAGACGCCACCCAUAACUCCAAGUAAGGCAUCUCGCUUCAUUUACCCUGCUGUCCAGUCCAAGCCCAGGCCUGGAGUUUCCACAGCACUGCCUCAACUCAUUGCUCCCCAUGGUUCCCCCAUCACAAGGGGCUUCAGCUACCUUCAACCACAGAACAUCAGCUCAGACCAGGCUCGUACUAGACCCACCAGACCUGCACAGCCCAGUGGAGAAAUCCACCGCCCAAAGAAACGUUCCCAGAGUCUGUCGCGUUAUGCCCUGUCUGACGGUGAGGCUGAGGAAGAAGAGGCGCCAGCACCAUCAGCCAACCUGGCAUCUUACGCCACGCUCACACGCAAGCCUGGUCGCAGCCACCCACCUGCUGCUGCCAGCGAGCACCAUGUAGGCCGAAGUCAUUCCUUUGCAAUACGUGCCAGGAGGAAGGGGCCACCUCCUCCCCCACCAAAGCGCAUGAGCUCUGCCCCAAGCACAGUAAAUAGCAGCGGGGUGGAUACAGACAGUGCAGGAAGUGUACGCAGCAUUGCAGCCAGGCUAGAGGGCAGUGGAGGAAGCCCCACUAAAACUCACAGCAGCCCCACUUUCAAACCCGUCUCAAACGCCACCCCAGUUAUGACUACAGGUAGCAGAAGAAGGACCACCGGUGAGCCCUUUUCAAAUGAGCCUGACCAAGAGCUUUGUGGAGUAAAAUCUGUUGAGCAGGACAAGAAGCUUCAGGCAAAACAAGAGCAUGUAGUUUCUGUGUCCCCUCAAGGGACUCUGUGUGAGAGCAUUCCAUUUGCCGAGGAAGGAAAAGUGACCAUAAAACAGAGACCAAAAAUAGCACUGGUUAAGACGGACACUGAAGUCAAUUUUGAAUCCCAGAAACCCACACAGCCACCCAAAUCCUCCUUAGAGUCGCCUGAGUUCAACCUGACAGAGUCAGACACGGUGAAGAGGAGGCAUAAACCGAGAGAGAAGGAACCGCUCACUGCCAGUCAGAACACACAGAGCGUCCCAGGGGCUGAGAAAAUCUCACCCUGUCUUCAGAAUGGUGGACCACCAAGAAAUCUCCUCAAACAGAAUGUCUGCCCUAAACCAGUUUCUCCUCAGAAGCCUCCCACUCCCUGUAAACCUACCCGUCAUUCUGCUGCAGCCCCUUUAGUAGAUGGAUCUCCCCCUGGGAUGUGUGUCAGAAUGGGGCAGAACCCUGCCUUUACUCUUUCCUCUCCGUCUGGCUCCGUGGCAGUCUGUCCUCCUAUCCGUGGACCUCUUGACCAGAACAGCAGAGUGCAGCCCCAAGCUCGAGGACAGGGCCCAGACGAGCUGGUUCACAAGCGGCUAGAACAGACCAGUACUUCUCUGGAGGCAGCACUGAAGGUUGUGGAGAAAAAGUUAGCUCAAGAGGAUCAGACGGACAGUGGCAUUUACACAGUGAAGUCAGCAGGCAACAUUCUGGAUGACAUCGGGAACAUGUUUGAUGAUCUUGCUGACCAGCUGGAUGCCAUGUUGGACUGACCCCAUUCUGCCGUUCCUCUACUCCAUCAUGAACCAUCCUCAGCUAUACAGAGAGGAUUUUGGGUGCCCCUUAGGAGUGUGGGAUCUCUGUGAAAAACUCCUCAGCCUAUGUGGCUCUCUCAGAUUUACUCUUCACUUAUUGCUUCUGAGUGAUGGCUUUAGUUCCAGAUGGGCACUAAAUCACCAAAUUCAAGGAGCCAUGCCGUUACAGACUGCAGUCUGGCCCCUGGGUGGAAUAAAAACCUGUGGGCUUGCAACAUGGCUUAGUCCUGGAGGGGCAUCAGUGGAGAGAUGAUGCAGUGAGAUGUGAGGCUCCCACCAGUGUCUAGCUUAUCAGCUCUGUUGGCUCACCAGGACAGAAGUGUGUCCUUUCUGUUCCUGCCAGUGCUUUAUAGCAUUUCCUUUUUUGAACGUACCAUGUCAGAACUCUUUGAGAAGAAACACUUUAAUUUCCUGUUGCACACAGACCAUGCCCCUCUAGGCAUGGGAACGUGAAAACGAAGCUAGUGUCUGACCUCUCCUUCAUUCAGACCUAACAGUACAUGUCACUUCACUUGUAAUACUGUCCAUACACAUGCUAGCUACUGCUCUUAUGUGUGCAUAAAGAUUACCAGGUCUGCUCAUAUGAGAAUACAUAUUAAAACCAACCAGCCAGGUAAAAUAUAAUCGAUUCAGCCAUACUUGCACAAGUGUGAAAAUGACUAAUAGCACAGAAAUUCUGUGGACCAAGUUUUUCAGACACUACUUGCAGGAUUAUAAAAGGACCAUUAUGUAAGGGUCCACUGUUUGCAAACAAGAGCACUUGUCUAUCAAAUGUACUAUUCUUAAAUAACUUAUCAGAGUUAUCAGAACAAACAGCACAUUCUUAUGGCCUAAAAUUGUACUAUAUAAGCACUAUAGUUCUCCAGUAGUUGAGUUGUUAGUGGUGUUAAUAAUGAACAUUCAUAGUUUUAUCAUGAUUAAAAGAGGCGUUUUUUGUUGCAUGUGUUUCUUUUUGCAUCCUUGAUUUUUAAUGUUAGUAAAUGGGGAAUUUCCAGUUGAAAAGUGCUAGUAGAAGCAAUGAAAUCAUUUUAACCAGAUUUACCAAAAGGGAAACAUUGUGUCCAUUGCUCUUGAAUUUCAACAUAUUUGAAUAAACAUAGGCAAAAAACACACAGAAAGCCCAUGCUAGAUAUCCAAAUGUCAGAAUUCACUGGAAAAAGAAAUAAACAUCCAAAUCUGCUUGUGCUUUUAGCUUGACCCAUUGUUUUGCACUUUUCAUGAAGUGUAUGCACUAUAUGUAGUCUGCCUUUUAUUUUAGAUUAUUGUGGACCUUGCAUGUACAGUAUACAUGUUUUGAAAACCUUUGAUUGUUUGUUCGUUUGUUUGUUUACACAAUCCAAAUGAAUCAGAUAUAUUGACUUGUGAUUGCAAGAGGAAUAGAGCUUCCUAAACUUGCAUGUUAUUUUUUUUAUAACUGUAUCAACCAAUAACUAUAGAUUUUAUAUAAAAUAGCUUAUGAUAUUCAUAUUUUUAAUUAACUUUAUAAAGGCAUCUAGUUCAGCAUAUGUUCAGUGUAUACUACUGUAUACUCCUUUGUAAAUGUUUCUAAAUACUGUAGUGCUGUUUGCAUGGUAUUGCUAUAUCAGUACUAAGACAGACAGAACUGUAUAUCAAUGUGGGCCCAUAAUGGUAUACACCAUUAAUAAUAAAGUGACUGCUAUUUUAAGAGAGAAGCAUCUAAAAUGCUAUUUAAUAAUAAAGAAACUGUUUUAUGUGUUCUGUAAUGGCAUUUAUUUGCAGAUGAAAACUUUACAUUUACAGUACAUUUGAAACAGGCUACUGUGCUACUUUCCCAGUAUGCAAAAUA